AUGUUUGUAGAUGUGAUAGUGAACUUAGAUCAUUAUAAAGCACACAGCCCAGAUAAUAGUCCAGCCUGCCUACUGAAAGAGUCAGCCGUGCAGAUUGCACCAUCUCUCUGUUCUCUUUUCAACAAGUCUUUACGUAUUGGCGUUGUGCCUGACAAUUGGAAACUCGCGAACAUUGUCCCUGUUUACAAACGCGGGGAAAAAGCUGAGGUAGAAAAUUACCGACCAAUUUCACUGCUGUCCCUCGGAAUGGGUUCAUUUUUAACAAACCAAUAUCAACAAACGACCAUUCUUAGAGCAAUGUCGAGGCCGCUUCCAGUAACAUCAGGAGUGCCACAGGGGACCAUCCUUGGUCGAUUAUUGUUCCUUCUAUAUGAGAAUCGUCUCUCCAAUACCCUGACCAAUUCAAGGAUUGCUACAUUCGCAGACGACACUACGAUCUUCAAGACCAUCAAUUCGAUCUCUGAUGCAUCUGCUCUACAGAAUGAUCUGUCAAACUUCCAAGAAAGCUCAAGCAGUAUCAACCUCGAAUUGAAUAACACCAGAUGCAAAGUCUUAAAGA